AACAGCAUGCAGUCCGUGCUGCUGGUGACUGCCACGCUCAUACUGCCCGUGCACUUGCUGUGCCUUCGAGUGCCCCUGUUGAAAGAAGUUGCCGGUUUUCUCGGCUCCUGGAUACUGACCCUGGUUGCCAGCUACUGGCUCGCGUGCUUUCUCUGGAACAGGACGCUGAAGAGAUCAGUGGAGCCCAAGGGCAAAGCGGUGCUGGUGACGGGUUGCGAUACGGGCUUCGGCCAUCAUGCAGCGAAGCGCUUUGCAGACGAUGGUUUCACCGUGUUUGCCGGCUGCCUGAAUGCAACUUGUGACGGCGCCAAAGAUCUCGCCAAGCGGUCCAACGUACGUGUUCUCCAGCUGGACAUCACCAAGGAGGAACAAGUGGAGAAAGCACUUGAAACAGUCACGGCAAACCUAGGAUCCAAUGAGGACAACAGGCACAGAUGCUCUGGGCAGUGCUGGCCAAAUGCAGGCAUAACUGCCGUGGGCCCAGUCGAAUGGAAUUCAAUGGAAAGGAUCAAGCAGAUCUUCGAGGUGAACGUGUUCGGACACAUACGAGUAACCAAAGCGUUUCUUCCAUUGCUGAAGAAGUCCAAAGGUCGUCUAGUCAUGGUCACUAGUGGUCUUUGCCGAGUAACCAUACCUGGAGUCACCGUGUACUGCAUGAGUAAGCACGCCAUGCUGUCGCUGGUGGACGGUCUUCGAAGAGAAUGCGAGGAAGAAGGCGUGGACGUGGCAGCUGUGGAACCCACAGCGUACAGGACAAACAUGCUCGAGAACAUAGCCUGCCCGAAGUUCGUGGAGGCAGACCUCAAGCUCCUGCCCGACGAGGCGAGGAAGCUCAUACCGGAGGACAGCGUCGACCGUUGGGCUAAGUUCCUGAGAGGAAUGUUUGACCUGCUCACUCGCGAGAAUCCCAUGGAAGUCGUGGACCAGAUGAGUUUUGCCGUCAAGGACGUCAGACCUCGCCCUUGCUACCGGGCCAUGACUUUGCCGGAUAAGUUCUACCUUCUCUUCGUCAAGCUCUUUCCGGACGAAGUCCUGGACGUCUUCUUCACGGUGUUUCGGGCGGUGGCCCAGUUCGUGAAGUAGGACGGUGCAGCAGUCAGUAGAACUUGUGUGCUGCGUUGUUAAAGUUUAUAAGGUGUCCGCUGGCUGGCGACGUAGAGUUUCACUGCAAAACGCCUGCUAAAGAACUGACAGUUGGGCGAGUUGGUAGUGAUUCAUCGUUCAGUGCGCA